AUGUCCUCACUCCCAGAUCAUGUCUGGUAUCUCAUACUCUGUCUGUUUGAAGUCGACAUUCCCGUUGAGAGAUGGCAGUCCUGCGAGCCUGCCAGGCCUCAUCGCGCCAAUCUCAGGCAGGCCACUGGCGCCAUCUCCAUGUACAACUGGAAUCUUGUACCGCGGCCACUGCAAACGUACUUGGAUUUAGUGUACGGGCGUUGGCUCAUGGACUUGUUGAAGGAGGCACGCACGCUCUUGGACUUGCCCCCUGCGGUAGGCGGCCGACUUGACGCGGCACUCAACCCAAUGCCAUCUUCUAUGGGGCUGGAUACCCUCAUCCUGGCCCUCACACCUCGGGUUCGGUUAGUUGAUGUCACUGUGCCAUCUACGGUCCCCAAUAACGGAUCCUCGCCUUUGCCAUGGAUAUUAGGUGGCCAAGAAGACGAGCCCGUGAGACACGGACUCUCAAGGUGUUGCCUACCACUUUUGACAGAGGUACGGCUGACGAGGGACCGCUAUCGCCCCGAGAACUUCGACCUGGUUGAGCUCGAGCCGUUACUCCUCCACCCGACCCUGAAGAUACUGAGAGUCUGUAAAUUCGAGUGCAGGGCGCGCCACGUCUCAGAGUUAAAGUGGCCCGACCGCGUCUCGAAGCUGGAAACUCUUGAGCUCAGGGAAUGCUUCCUCGAUUCGACGGGAAUGAGGAGCAUACUCGCCCGCUGUAGCAACAUCCGCCGGUUGGCGAUCCAUCUCGGUGGUGAGCCUAGUCAGCUUGAACUCUGGCAGGAUCAUCUCAUAAGCCGGCGCUCACGCCAGCCAACCGAAUACAGGAUAUUAGAGACGCUCGACUUGACUCUAUUUAGCCAGAUGCUAAGGGAGCUUGCGAAAGACCUCAUCGAGUUGGGUUUAAAUACCGCCAGGUACAGAGAUACAAACGAGAUCCCGGGAGAAAUCGAGUUCCUGCAUGAACUCGGCUCACUACGAUGCCUGAAGUUGACACCUCGCGAUCUUGGCAACCCGGUCUCCCUAAGCGGAAAGCUGCCGCCAUCUUUGGAGUCGCUGGUUUUGUACUACCAUGCUCUGCCCGGGUAUGAUCGUCAACCUACCGAGGAUCUGGCCAAGGUCAUCGCGGCAGAUGGACAUCCCAACCUACGCGUGGCAUCGUGGUUCUAA